AUGUUCUUGCCUUUAUCCGUCCGCAGGCACACGGCAUGCAACCAAACUGCCUUUGGAGCAAAGGAAAUCCAGACACAAUCCCAGAAUGGCCUCAGGAAUGCAAGAGAAACAGUACACACCAUCUCUGCUCAGCUUUUUAUUUAUAACCCUACGUUUGGACCUCGGGAAGGAGAGGAAGAGAAAAAGAUUUUGUUUUACCACCCAAGUGACGUGGAGAAGAAUGAGAAGAUCCGAAAUGUGGGCCUUUGUGAAGCCAUAGUACAGUUCACCAGGUAAAGAGACGUUUGUCCAACAAAACCAGCAAAGUCCCUGCACACACAGAAGAACCGGCAGUUUUUCUUUGAGGCCGAGGACAAUUCUGGAUAGUCAUGGUAUCUUACUUACAUUUACAAUACUAUUGUGUGUGGUUCGAAACCCAUGAUUGAGAAACCAAACAAAGAUGGUAAACCUCCCACAAUAGAUCAGGAAGAGGAAAUACUUGACACUGUUUAUGGUGCAGUUGUAAGGCAAUGCUACAGUAUGUACAAGGUGAGUUCCAAUAUGUUUUAAGAAGCGAUGGAGGCCGGCGGAGUGGAGCUCCUCAUUCAGAAGCUUGAAAAGUUUUUCUACAGGUAUCUUCAGACUCUCCACUUGCAGUCCUGCGAUCUACUGGACGUAUGAGGCAUCAGCUUCUUCCCAUUGGACAAGAUGACCUCUAAGAUCCAGUCGUUCGUCAACAGAGUGGAGGAGAGCCUCACGAUCAAAUACACAGCCUUCCUGUAUAACGACCAGCUCAUCUGGAGCGGACUGGAACAAGAUGACAUGAGGAUCCUGUACAAGUACCUCACCACCUCGCUGUUCCCUAGACACUCUGAACCGAGGUGA